ACUUGGCGGAGUAAAAAACAAUCUGUUGUGUCACGAAGUAGUGCAGAAGCUGAACUUCGGUCACUUGCUCAUGGAAUAUGUUAGGAGGUUUGGUUAAAAAAGAUUCUAAUGGAAAUAAAAUUCUUGGUUAUUACUCCCAUGAAAGUAUGGUGCGACAAUUAAUCAACAAUCAGUAUAGCUAAAACUUCUGUACAUCAUGAUCGAACUAAACACGUGGAGAUAGAUAGGCACUUCAUCAGAGAGAAGAUUGAAGAUCAAACCAUUAUAAUACUCCAUGUUCCUAGUAGUCAACAAAGUGCAGAUAUUUUAACAAAAGCACUUAUCAAAAGACACUUCAACGAAUUGAUAUUCAAUCUAGGCUUACUCAACAUUUACGUAAUCUAGAUUGAGGGGAGUAUAGAAAUAUUAGGAAUAAGUUAUAUUUAUUGUUACUGCUUUCUGUUUUUGUCAGACAACCAGGCACCGUAAUAGAAUGCUAGCUGUCAUUUGCUAGGGAAAGUUAAUUUGUUUUUUCCCUUCUGUUUUGUCUAUAAAAUGAGACACUGAUAAUUGAUGUAAUAAGAUGAAAAAAUAAGUUUUUCCUACUCUCAAAAUCUUCACAAGUCUCUUUCUGCUUUUUGCUGGCCUAAUUUUGGGAUUUUUUUGCUUUCAUGUAUUUUCGUAAAUGAUUGUUUACGUGUUUGAACACUCUCUGAUAUUUUGCUCUCAAUAUGUAAUGCUUUAUAUUUAAUUUGAGCUUGGCUUAUGGUUCCUGUAUAUGAGUGCAUGGCCUUGCGUAGGUUGUUUUAAGAUAUGGAUUUUUGUGUUGGAAGCUGGCUUAUAUUUAUGUAAAGCUUGCUUAUUUAGGAUUUCUUAGGGGCUCCAAUCAUGAUUGUUUGAAUUUUAUCCGUCAUGAUUGCUAAAAUUUCAUCCCUCUCAAGGAUGAUUCAUGUGAUCACUUGGACGCCCACUGAAAAUGAUAUUUACUCUGUCACAAGGAGAGCCUUAUAUAUUCUCAAUGAUAGUGUGAAGUGCUUGCAUGCACACCAGUAGAAGCCAAUCCGAGCUCUGAUUAACAAAGACAGAGAAUGUUGAAUGCCAUGAGGGUGAGAUGGCCAAAGGUUUUAACACCAACUCACCUCUCUCAAAUCAUAAGGAACCAAAAAAACCCACUAACAGCCUGCAACUAUUCAAGGGAAGCAAAAGAAAAAUACCCGAAUUAUCAUCACAAUGGCUCUGUCUAUGCAACCAUGAUUGGCAUCCUUGGAAAUGCGGACAGAAUUACUGAAAUGAAAGAAGUGAUUGAGCAAGUGAAAGAAGAUUCUUGUGCUUGUAAAGAUUCAGUUUUUGCAUCAAUAAUACAGACAUUUUCAAGAGCUGGAAUGCUAAACGAGGCUGAGACUCUUUUCAAGAAACUUCAUCAAUUUAACUGCAUCAGUUGGACUCAAUCUUUCAACACUCUUUUGCGGGAAAUGGUGAAAAAGUCGAGACUUGAGAGUGCCUAUCAUCUUUUCUCAGAGAAUUCUUAUGGAUGGGAGGUGAAAUCUAGGGUUCAGUCUUUAAAUUUGCUUAUGGGGGCUCUUUGUGAACGUAACCGCUCUGAUUUGGCAUUGCAAGUUCUACAAGAGAUGAAUUAUCAGGGUUGCUAUCCAGAUAGGGAAAGUUAUCAAGUCUUGAUGAAGGGAUUGUGUGGAGAUGGGAGGUUGCACGAGGCAACACAUUUAUUGUAUUCAAUGUUUUGGAGGGUCUCACAGAAGGGCAGUGGUGAGGAUGUUGUGAUCUAUAGAAUACUUUUAGAUGCUUUGUGUGAUAAUGGAAAAGUUGAAGAGGCUUUGGAGAUACUUGUUAAAAUCUUAAGGAAGGGGCUAAAGGCUCCAAAACGCAGUUAUUGUCGUCUUGAUCCUAGUCAGUUUAGUAACUGCAAGGAUACAGAGGGCACAAAGCUUUUAAUUAAUGAAGUUCUGAUUAGAGGGAUAAUUCCUAGUUUGGCCAGUUACAGUGCUAUGGCGAUUGAUCUUUAUAAUGAAGAUAGGGUUAUUGAAGGUGAUAUGGUGCUGUACAAAAUGCGCAAUAGAGGCUUUUGGCCAACCCCACAAAUAUACGAAGCAAAGAUGGCUGCAUUGUGCAAGGAUGGUAAAGUUGAAGAGGCAUUGAAAGUAGUUGAUGAAGAGAGGGCAAAAGGGUACUUGGCUCCAAAUGUUAGAAUAUAUAAUAUUCUAAUGAAAGGUCUGUGUGAUGAAGGGAAGUCGGCACUGGCUGUUGAAUACCUGAAGAAAAUGGCUAAGCAGGUCGGCUGUGUUGCUAACAAGGAAACUUAUGAUAUUUUAGUGAAUGGACUAUGUUCCAAUGGUAGAUUUCUUGAUGCAAGCCGAGUUUUGGAGGAGAUGUUGAUAAAAUCAUAUAGGCCUUGUCUCGAAACAUAUAACGUUCUGAUAGGGGGUCUUUGCUCCGUGCAGAGGCUGUAUGAAGCUGUGAUGUGGGUGGAAGAGAUGGUUAGCCAGGGUUUGCUGCCAGAGAUUUGUGUUUGGCGGUCUUUGGUUUCAUCUGUGUGCUGCAAUGCAAGUGAUCUUGAUAAUUGUUAUGAAACCUUAAAUCAUCCGAGUAGUGUGUCCUAGCUGAUUUCUGUAUCAGUUGAUACUUGUUUUAGCCUUUACCUGAUAUGUACUUUUAUAGCUUUGAACUUGUAAAUUAACUUCCAAGUUUUUCAAAUUAAUUAAUUAAUUAUGGCCAU